AUGGUCUGGAUGAAUAACAGUGAUACUACGGAGCCCUUAUUCAUCCUGAAAGGAUUUCCUGGACUGGAGCAUAUUCAUUCUUGGCUCUCAAUACCAUUUUGUUUUGCAUAUUUGAUAGCAUUUAUUGGUAAUGUCACCAUUCUCUCUGUUGUCUGGAUUGAGCCCUCACUCCACCAGCCCAUGUAUUAUUUUCUGUCUAUCUUGGCACUAACUGACCUUGGUAUGUCCCUAUCCACACUUCCUACCAUGCUUUCAGUAUUGUGGUCUGAUGCUCGGGAAAUCCACGCAAAUGCCUGCUAUACUCAGCUCUUCUUCAUACACACAUUCACUUUCUUAGAGUCAUCAGUUCUGUUAGCCAUGGCCUUUGAUCGUUUUGUUGCUAUCUGCCGCCCCCUGCACUACAACACUAUCCUUACUAACAGAGUCAUUUGCAAGAUUGGUUUGGCCUGUCUUCUAAGAAGUAUGGGAGUUGUUCUGCCUACUCCUUUGCUACUGAGACGCUAUCACUACUGCCAUGUUAAUAACCUUUCUCAUGCCUUCUGUUUGCACCAGGAUGUUCUAAAAUUAUCCUGCUCAGAUGCCAGGGUCAAUAGUGUUUAUGGACUGUGUAUAGUUAUUGUCACACUGGGUGUGGAUUCGGUCUUCAUACUGCUUUCUUAUGUCUUGAUUCUGAAUGCUGUGCUUGGCAUUGCAUCUCGUGAGGAGAGGCAAAAGGCACUAAACACAUGUGUAUCACACAUUUGUGUGGUGCUCAUUUUCUUUGUGCCUGUUAUUGGGGUGUCAAUGGUUCAUCGCUUUGGAAAGCAUCUGUCCCCAAUAGUUCAUAUCCUCAUGGCUGACAUUUACCUGCUUCUUCCUCCAGUCCUUAACCCUAUUGUUUACAGUGUCAGAACAAAACAAAUUCGUCAAGGGAUUCUUCGAAGUUUUGGACUGGGAAGAAGGUCUUAA